AUGUCUUGCGAUAUCGGAUUAUACGGAUUGGCCGUCAUGGGCCAAAACUUUGCCCUGAACAUGGCCUCGCAUGGAUUCAAGGUUUGUGUUUGCAAUCGAUCUCCUGCAAAGAUUGAAACAACCGUUGCUCGAGCGAAGGCUGAAGGAGAUUUACCAUUGAUUGGUAGUGAUGGGCCAGAGGACUUCUGUUCGAAGCUCUCAAAGCCGCGAAAGAUUGUUAUCCUCGUACAAGCAGGCAAACCAGUCGAUUCUACCAUUGCGACCCUGUCGCAGUUCCUGGAAUCAGGAGAUGUAAUCAUCGAUGGCGGAAACGAAUGGUACCCGAAUACCAUUCGACGCUACGAAGAACUUCAACCGAAGGGAAUCCAGUUCAUCGGGAUGGGGAUCUCUGGUGGCGAAGAAGGAGCCAGAAACGGGCCGUCGCUGAUGCCCGGAGGUCCAAAGACUGCAUACGAUUUGAUUGAGCCUAUCAUUAAGAAGUGUGCUGCACAGGUCGGCGACGAGGCCUGUACUGGCUAUUGUGGACCUAUCGGUGCGGGUAACUAUGUGAAGAUGGUCCACAAUGGGAUCGAAUAUGGAGACAUGCAGCUCAUCAGUGAAGUCUAUGACGUACUUAAGAAUAUCGUUGGAAUGGGCAAUGACGAAAUUGGCGAUCUAUUUGAAGAAUGGAACAAAGGCGAACUGAACUCCUAUUUGAUUGAAAUCACUGCCCAGAUUUUCAAAAAGAAAGACGAGUUGACAGGAGAGGGACACGUUUUGGACUACAUUAUGGACAAAACAGGAAUGAAGGGAACAGGACGGUGGACUGUCCAGGAGGCAGCUGAGCAAUCAGUUGCGGCUCCAACCAUCGCCGCCGCCCUCGACACCCGUUACAUUUCGGGACGAAAAGAUGAGCGACUAGCUGCAGAAGCUAUCCUUGAAGGGCCAACGGAUAAACCUGUCGUUGAUAAAGCUCAGAUCGUCAAGGAUCUUCAGGCGGCCCUCUACUGCUCAAAGAUUGUUUCGUAUGCCCAAGGCUUGGGAAUUAUCAAGGCUGCCUCUGAUAAGAUGGAAUGGAACGUUGAUUUGGCUCUUUGUGCUCGCAUGUGGAGAGGUGGCUGUAUCAUUCGGGCCGGUUUGCUAAAGGGAAUCCAAGAAGCCGUCGCACGCAACAAUGAGUUGGCGAAUCUCAUGGUAGAUCCUGGCUUCGCUGCCGACUUGAACUCACGUCAUAUGGCCUGGCGUCGCAUUGUUAGCCUUGGCAUUGCCAGUGGUGUCGCUCUUCCUUCUAUGUCUGCGUCAUUGAACUACUACGACCAGUACCGACGUGGAAGUCUUCCUGCUAGUCUAGUCCAGGCCCAACGGGACUUCUUUGGUGGCCACACCUAUCAGCGUGUUGAUCGUGAAGGCACUUUUCAUACUCUUUGGGGUGACGCUCACAAAGACCUUGGUGAUCUUGCCGGGCGCACUGCUGGAGAGGUUUAG